AGUCGAAAUACCAUGUUAUGGUAGGCAGUAGGAAUACAAACUGUCGUUAGUUCUGAAGAGGAUGACAGGGUCGGCUCGUGUUGUGUACAAUACAUGCAAAGAGUCAUCGGCCCCAUGUCUGACAAUAAAACGGAACUGACAGGAGACUAUGCUGCAUGGACAGAUGGCAAGUACGUGGAGAGUGCUCUUGAUGGGCUGAAACAGUUAGCCCAUCACUUCAGCACUGCCUCUGGUUGCAACGACGUGAACUGCCAACACCUCGACAGCCACAGCGUCGUCAACGCUCUGAAUGGUGUCGAUGCAAUUUUCCUUUGUCUUGGAGGUGGUCAGACCCUGGAGCGAGAGACUCACGACCGCCACAGUACAGGUUUGCCGGGACAUCAACUAGACCUUCUCAAGGCCGUUGUCAGUCAUGUUCAGGGUGGUCCGAGUAUUAUUGGUAAACGGGCUUCAGCACCUCCUAUCGUGCUACUCUUGUUUAAUGGUGGACCACUGGAAGUCUCGUUUGCCGCAUCCAAUCCUCACGUGACCGCGAUACUUGACUGUUUCCUACCCCAUCAAGAAACAGGGGAGGCUAUCCGGAGGAUUCUGACACACGAUGGCGCCAACUCAGUGCCCUCUGCUAAGUUACCCUACACCGUGCCCGCCAGUGAUAGCCAGAGGGCUAGCAUAAUUUAA